AAAAAAAAACACAACGGCAAGCAAUAUGGCGGCGACUUACGUGACGCAUGAGAUCCGCGACAACUUCUUCCAUGCGCAGCGAAGUGUCGCGGCGAACAAGAUGUGCUUUGACUGCGAGCGGCGAAGUCCCAUGUGGGCGACGGUAUCCUUUGGCACGUUCAUGUGUUUGGAUUGUUCGGGAUACCAUCGGCGCAUGGGGGUGCAUGUGUCUUUCGUGCGGUCCACAGACAUGGACGAGUGGACGGAAGAGCAGUUGCUGUUGAUGCAGCUGGGGGGGAACAGCGAAGCGCGCAAGUUCUUCAAGCAGCAUGGCGUGUCCGACAUGAUGAAUAUCGACGAAAAGUACAAGUCCAAAGCGGCCACGCUGUACAAAGCGCAACUAUCGAAGAAAGUGCAGGCCGCCAAGUUUGACUCGUCCCCAUUCGCCGCAGCCACCGCGACCAAGGGCAAACCCACUGACGAGUUUGGGCUGGACAACUUGGCCAAGCUGGUCGGCACGGGGGAGGUGCCCACGAUCGCCAACGCGUACACGGCGCGCUCGGUGGCGGCGGCCGUGUCGGUGCCGGACACGAUCGCGCCCCCCGCCGCCCCGGGCCAGCUUCAAAUCCGUCCGACGGUCACACUUGGCGGGGACUCAUCUGGUCCAUCGUCCUCUGCCGCUGGCGGUCUCGGCGGGGGGUCGACCAUCACGUCCAAGCUGUCCAGUCGCAAAGCAGGGGGGGCUGGAGGCGCCAGGAAGGCGACGCGGCUCGGCGCGACCAAAGUCAAGUCGAACUUUGACGACUUUGACAGUAUUCCGUUUGAGAACGCCAAGCCGGCGGUGGCGGCUGCCGCAGCAGCUCCGUCGUCGAAUUUGUCCAAGCAAAUCGACGACGACGAAGCGCUCGCCCGUGCCAUGCAGCAAGCCGACGAAGAGGCACUCGGUCGGUCGUUCAGCCAACACGCAAGCGUCCAGCAGCAGCAGCACACCACGGCGACGUCCACGGAGUCGCUCAACAAGUACAAGAACUCGAAGAGCAUUUCGUCCGACAACUUUUUUGCCGCCGAGCACGGGUCCGUCGACCACGACAAGAUCCGCCAGUUCUCCGGGUCGCAGUCCAUCUCGAGUGACAUGUACUACGGCGACGGCCGGGCGCGGUCGGCGUCGUCGGAAGGUAUAUAUAUAUGGACGAUGAGAUUAGAAUUAUCCAUGACAAUACGCAUGCGGUGGAUGGAUGGUAGCGAGUGACCAAGCAGCGUACCAGCUGGAGCAGCUCAAGUCCCAAGUGUCAGAAAAGGCGCAACAGCUCAAGAGCAUGACGUCGACUUUCUUUACGGAUUUGCAAUCCCGCUACUCGUAGACUGUUGUAUAUCCGACGCGUUCGGAACGGACGACGUUAACAUGGUUCGUUGCUAGUCGAUUUCUACAAAGGUGACAAUAGACUUGUGCUUUUCGCCCAAA